AUGUCAUUUUUUCCUAUUGAUCACUAUCGACCAUCUACUGACCCCUCAGAUCGCUUUUUUGGCGAUCAAUUGCAUCUCUUCGAUCCCUGGUAUGACUUCGAUUCGGUGACAGCAGAAUCGGAUAAGAUGCCUGUAUCAUUUCGGUGGAUUAACGAGCCGCGACGUCUCAGUCGCACAUCGAGCCACGGUGGUGAAAACCAACAUCACAAACAUUCUGAUCAAUCGGAGAAAUUUCGUGUGCAACUAAACGUGGCUGGCUUCGAUCCAAAAUCAGUUAAGACACAUGUUGAAGGUCGAAAAGUGAUCGUUGAAGCUAAACAAGAAGAUCGAGAACCCGAUGGUGACUUCCACAUUCAAGAACUGCGAAAAACCUACGAGUUGCCUGAACAUGCUGGUAUGUAG